UUCAGUUCGGUUUUUGUGUUCGGGCGCGACGCAACGUUUUAGCGGCUGCUGCGGCUGCUGCUGGUUCUACUCGAAUUGCUGUUAUUGUUGCCUGAGGCUUUGUCGUCAUUUCGAAACGCCUUCAGUUCUAAUUGGCCGGCAGCGGCGUCGCUGACCGUUUGCGGGUGUUUCUCGUGCUAUGCUCCACUUGAUAUUAAACUAUUUGGGCGCAAUAAACGCAUAAUUCGCGCAAUUCAGCCGAUUUGUUUAUUUUAAAUGCCAAUUUGAGUGUGCCCAGCACGCGAACAAUGCGCACAAUAAACGCCGCAAUUAAUUGACUGUUUAUCAAGACGCUCUCUGCAAUUGCCAAAGGUGCGAGGCGGCCAACGAGUCGUAUGCGUGUUGUAGCAACAAUUUGUGCAUGUGUGUGUGUGCGUCUAUUAAGCAAGUGCUGGAUAUGUAAAAAUUGUCGGGUCAGUUAGCUGUACUUGUGUUUUGCCGUUAAAUGCUAAUUUUGUCACCUGGGAGCUCUACAACUCGACAAGCCAGACUGUGUAACAGUACAGUGGGGUGGCUCCUUCGGCUGGCUGUGGAAAUUAAAUUCAAACCGCAAACCGAGCGUAAUUGCAGCUGCUUGAUUAUAAUGAGGCUGCAAUUAGGAUUUGCUUAUGCCAAAAAGUAUUUAGAUUAAGUUACAAGAGCAAAAGUUGCUGGCUUAUAGAGAAAAGUCCAAGGUCUUCGCUUACCAAAAAGAACAACAAAAACAAUCUUGGAAAUGGAGUUUAACAGUUUUGUCUGGCACCGGCGUCGUUUGGACCUUCAACGGACCGUUUUAAAUGACGAGCGUUUGUAUUAUAUUGCGCCACAGCAGCCGCUGCUGCGCAACGAGGAUGAUUAUCAGGAUACAGCUGGGGCGCUGAUGUACAAUAGCAGCUCGACGGAGCUGUCCUUGGGCGCUGAGGACGCCGACUACACAUCGUCCACGCCCGCAACGGAGCACUUCAAUGUGACCGUAUUGCUAAACUUCAGCUGCACUGAUGUCAGCUCCCAUUCGGAUGAUCUGUGGUCCAGCGACUACUUCAAGAGCGUCGUCUACCUGCUCUACAUACCCAUCUUUAUAUUUGCCCUGCUGGGCAACGGCAUCGUCUGCUACAUUGUGCAGUCCACGCCGCGCAUGCGCACGGUUACCAAUUAUUUCAUAGCCAAUCUGGCGCUGGGUGACAUACUGAUGUCGCUGUUCUGUGUGCCCUCCUCGUUUAUCUCGCAAUACAUUCUUAACUACUGGCCAUUCGGCAUUGUCCUGUGCCACUUCGUCAACUACUCGCAGGUGGUCUCCGUCCUGGUCAGCGCCUACACCCUGGUGGCCAUCAGUAUUGAUCGUUACAUAGCCAUCAUGUGGCCCCUGCGUCCACGCAUCACAAAGCGCUACGCCAAAUUUAUUAUCGCUGGCGUUUGGUUUAUUGCGCUGGCAACUGCAUUUCCCAUACCCGUCGUCUCCCGCCUGAUGGUGCCCAGCUCCAUAUGGCACGAGAAAUGCGAGAAAUACAUCUGCCGCGAGGUCUGGCCCUCGACCGAACAGGAUUAUUACUAUACACUGGCGCUGUUCACGCUGCAGUUCAUCGUGCCACUGCUGGUGCUGAUAUUCACCUAUACUCGGAUUGCCAUCGCCGUGUGGGGCAAGCGGCCGCCGGGCGAGGCGGAGAACUCGCGCGACCAGCGCAUGGCGCGCUCCAAGCGCAAGAUGAUUAAAAUGAUGCUGACGGUUGUAAUUGUAUUCACCAGCUGCUGGCUACCAUUCAACAUACUACAGCUGAUGCUUAACGAUGAGGAGUUCGCCAACUGGAAACCGUUGCCCUAUGUGUGGUUCGCCUUUCACUGGCUGGCCAUGUCGCACAGCUGCUACAAUCCGAUCAUCUAUUGCUAUAUGAAUGCCCGUUUCCGUGGCGGAUUCCUACAGAUAAUGUACCGUGUGCCCGGCCUGCGGCGCUGCUGCUGCUUGCAUCGAUAUUUACGCAGUCGCGGCGAGCGCAGCUAUGAAGCAACCGGUGAGAUGACCUCCAAAUACAAUCGCCGAAAUGGUGAUGGUCUAGUCAGGAAACCUAAAAUACGCAUUAGGAACCGAAGAUGCAUUCCACCUACAUCGUGUGAACACCUGCACCACCUACAUCAGCACAAGACGAAAGCUGCGCACGAAUUCUAUGCAAAUGAGCCAAUUUUCAUGUGCCGAGACCACAGUGUUGCGGUAGCUCCCGGCACCGCGCAGGAGCCAAAACCAAGGCUCCAGCCACGUCAACCAACUGGUGCAUUUCACCUGAACAGUGCCAGCUACCUGAGCUCCACACAGUUUUGAAAUGCAGAAGCUUA